GUUCUAACAGAACGAAAAAGCACAUUCUCAAAGUGCGCUUUGAUGUGACGGAAUCAGAGGCGUCAACUGCUGAAGUUGAACAUCAAAUGCCACCUAUAACUGAUAUGCCCUCGUCUACGCCCGACUCUCUGCCUAAUGGUCAUGCACCACGAUCGAGGAACGCCAACCAAACAAGAAACAACGGCUCCUCUCAAGGUGGUGCCGUAGACAAGCCAGUGUUAACUAGGCCCGUCACUCCUGGACGCCACAUGACACCCGCUCCUCGUGCCAACGUACCACCAUCACGUCCACAGAGAAAAGCCUUCGUCGUAAAGGUUGUUGAUGCAUUCGGUCGAGAAAGGGUUGACGAACUUCCUAUACCAAUUGCGAACGGGCGUGCGGACGCGGGAGACGCAAUUCGUGCUUCGCCAUUAGCUAAAACUUGUACUCCCCGUGUCUCAAGCAAGAGUGAAAUUCGCAUUAUCAAUGUAACGGGAAGAGAAGUUCAGGAAGAUGUCCUUGAAUGCUCAUCAGUCCUACAUGAUAAUCCACCUAUUUGUCGCACUGCAGCCCUAGCUCAAAUACGGCAAACGCUCCGGGAAUGGGCUAGUGGGCUGAGUGAUGAAGAUAGACCUCCUGAUAAUCUCGCAUUGAACCCGAGCUACUCGGAAGAACUCGAAGAACGUUCGAGGGCAGCGCGGCGUUCUCGGAAUCAAUUAGCUCGAACCCUUCGUAUCGAAUCGGUGAAAGAGUGUAAGCGUAACUUAAUGGACAAAUAUACCAAGGGAGCCGAAGACCGAAGCGGGCUUUUGCCGACUAUCACUGGUGAAAAUGGUUCUUUCAAUCGUGAUCUGGUUUGGGUGGGAGUUCUGUUACAGAUCGUUUUCGUCCUCGCGAUGUGGCGGUUUGCACAUGUCCAAGCUCGCCAUCUCUUUUGCGCCGUCUAUUAUGAUCCACUAUAUCCAGACUUGAACCCCCGCAUCGGUGGACAUGCUUGGGAGAGGUGGGCUGAACGCCCUAACGCAGAGACAUGGCCACCUAUAUGAUCGUGUCAUCAACACCACUAAGACUUACCUUUCGAUGUGUGCAGCCCCUAGACAUCAGAGUAGAUUGCAUUUGCGCCAUGCAACACAAUCUAUUUGUAGAAAAAGGCCACUGCAGUCCCCCGAGUCCCAUGUCACUUUCCUAACUACAACCGGAUAGUUGAAUUAUCUUGAAAUUUUUCAUGUGCGACAAUCUGCCAAGGCUCCAUGCCCUUCCAUGCGGCUCAGUGACGACCCUUUCGGACCAGAAUAUACUGCGCUCUCGCGAGUCAAGAGGUCAUUGCUUCUGUAUAUUUC